AUGCGUGCGACCGGUGAAGAACUUGAAAAACAGUGGAAUCUCAAGCGGGAUAUGCUCAAUCAAGGAGUUCUGAAUCGCCUUACUCAACGUAUUUCUGUGGCUCGAAAACGGCGAUACACUGGUUUUACAUGCGACGCAGCAGAUUUGAAGAUUUUGAGGAGAGAAUCCUGCGAGAAUAUGGUUUCGUUGACUCCUCCAGACAGCGCCAUACCAUUCAUCGAUUCCGUUGAACCUGUGCAUCAGAAGAGCUGCUACAUAUUAAUGAGAGAUGUCAAAGCAAAUGACGAUGUCCAGAACACACUUGGAAAAGGGCUUGAAACGUUCAAUUUUCAACUCGCUGAAAAGAUCAGUCUGGAUGCUGUGCCUGUGAACGACGAUUCCAGUGUAGUGCCUGAAGUUGGAACUGAGACAGUGGAGAGUGAGCAACCAUCAUCGUCGUCGUUCACCGACAAGGAGCUCUGGGUCGAAAAAUACGCGCCUCAUUCAUACGUGGAUCUCAUUAGUGAUGAGAAUGUGAAUCGCACACUUCUUAAAUGGGUGAGACUGUGGGAUGAAUGUGUCUUCCAGAGAACUGUUCCGGAAGCUAUCUUCAGAGCCGGUGAAAAUGAGCAUCAGCUUUUGUUGAACAACGAAAAGCCGAGACGACCGUUGCAUAAAGUGGUUCUUAUAGCUGGACCAGCUGGUUGCGGUAAAACUACGCUGUCCUGUUUGGUGGCGGAGUAUGCCGGUUAUCGAGUGCUCAGCUUGAAUGCCAGUGAUGAACGAAAUGUUGCGGAUUUUGAGAAAUAUUUCGGUAAUACAUUACGAAGCACGAGAACUCUGGAUGCAGAUUCUCGGCCACUUUGUUUCGUUUUGGACGAGAUUGAUGGUGCCCCUGCACAGUCUAUUCGUUUCCUGUGUAAGGCUAUUGCAGCAACCGGCAAGCGUUCGCUCCGACGACCAGUCAUUUGUAUAUGUAACAAUUUGUUAAUUUCAAAACUCGAGCAUUUACAAGCGGAAAAAAGUGCGCUGGAUGAAAUUAUCGCAGCAUGCACGCAGGAUCUUCGUUCUUCAAUCAACACACUGCAAUUCAUUGCUUCUGAGAACCGUGGCCUGGUCACUCGUCAAGCAGUCCGCAAAUUCUUUGAAAUCAAUAACCAGAGCGGGGAUAGCACCUUGUAUGAUUCCUGGUCGUCGGUGUUCGAAUUUCGUCUACAUAUGAACAAGGACGGUCAGAUUCCUGGUCCAGCAUCUCGACUUCGGCGCAUCGCAUCUCUGACGGAUCGUCAUGGGAGCGAAUCUGACCGAUUUUACCUGGGCCUGUUCAGCAAUUAUUUGUCGAGCCCAAAUACCAGUCUGCUACCUAAUGUUUCUGCAGCUAUUACUCAGUUCUGUUAUUACGAUCGGCUCGUAACGUUCAUGAAUCGCGCUCAAGACUACAGAGUAAUGAAGUACUUAUGUGUGGUAAGCGCUGCUAUCCAUUUGCUGAUGUGCAGCAGAGCGCGAGUUCAACUCAAUUUUCCUUCUGAACUACAGGAUAUAGCACAACGCCAUCAGCAAUCCGUCGAGAUAACUGAAAGCAUUCGAGCGGGGGCCGCUCAGAAAAAUCUCACUUUGACUGCGGUAUUACUCGAAAUACUGCCAUACCUCAUCCACAUUGUGCAGCCGAAUUUCAAGCCGGCCACCGCUCAUCUGUACAGUGCACGUGAGCACAAUAUUUUGCGAUCGGUUGUUAGCGUGAUGCGCUCAUAUUCGCUUACAUACAUGGUUGUUUCGCAGGAUGGUUCGGCCAGUUUCACUUUCCAGCCAGCCAUUGAUACACUGGUCAUGUUCGAUGAAGAUGCAGCGUGCUUGGCCAGUCGUCCCGUGAAUAGACUCUCCGACACAGCAAAGCAGCUGAUUGCUCGUCAGAGAAAAACAGUGCUAAGCAGUACAUACUGUGCUGUUCUACAUGAAUAA